AUGGGCUUUACUGUCACCCCACGAAGCUAUCAUAAACUGGGUUCGAUCAACCGCAUCAUUGUUUUCAAGACGGACUAUCUGGAACUAGUGGGAUAUCCAGAGGGCAAGCCGCCGGAAAAGCGGCCAGAGUUGGCCCAGCGGCCACCAGGAUUGAUGGCUACCGUGUUCAAAACCAAUGAUGCUAAUCAGGUACGAGAUACACUCAUGGCACGCGGAUUGGCAGUACGACCAACCUUCAGUUCGUCACGACCAACAGAUUUGGAAAAUAACAAAACUGCAGAUGUCCAAUUUCGCGUAACGUGCCUGGAGCCGGAUGCUGUCCCCGGCAGCUAUUUCUAUUACUGCCAGCAUAUCACGCCAGAAUUGGUUUGGCGUCCUAUAUGGCAGACGCAUGCGAACGGUUGUGUCAUGAUGACUAGACUUAGUAUCAAUGUGACUGAUCGAAAGACGGCAGUCGAGUUAUAUCUGCGUGUGAUGGAUGUCGUUAAGCUUGAGGAUAUUGAAGAAAGUAGUUGUAUCAUACGGUUACCAAGGUUCGAAAUCAAAUUAGUCAGUGAGAGCGACAAGCCGUUGGAAUUACUCGUGAUUGUAUUACCUGAUGAAGCUGUGGCUUAUGGUGCCGCUACUCAAGCAGCUAUUUUAACUGGGGAUAAAUCAGAAGAAGUUAAAGAUCUUUUACUACUUGAUAUUGCACCAAUAUCGUUAGGUAUCGAAACGAUUGGUAGUGUGAUGACAGUAUUAAUCAAGCAUAAUACAACAAUUCCAAUAAAACAAAGUCAAACAUUUUCAUCGGAAUCAUUGCUAAAGAAUGAACCAGGAAUCUGUAUUAAAGUGUUUGAAGGUGAAAAUGUUUUGACACAAGAUAAUCAUUUACUUGGAAGUCUCGAAUUAUCUGGUAUUUUAUUCAAAUCUGAUGAUGAACCACAGAUUGAAGUUACAUUUGAUAUUGAUACAAACAGUACUUUAAUUGUUUCUGCUGUUGAUAAACGUUCUGGAAAAGAAAAUAGAUUUAAAAUUGAACAUACUCAAGAAUGUUUAUCUCAAAAUGAAAUUGAACGUAUGAUUGCCCGAUGGGGAAAAAUAUAA